AUGGCUGACGAAGGAAAUUGGUGCUUGAUUGAAAGCGAUCCUGGUGUCUUUACCGAACUCAUUUCAAACAUGGGCUGCCGAGGCGUACAAGUAGAAGAAAUAUGGAGUUUAGAUGAAGGAACAAUGGGAGAAUUAAAACCUGUCUAUGGCCUGAUAUUUUUAUUUAAAUGGCAAAACAACAGAAACCACCAAAAUGAUCUACCUCCUCCUGAUAUAACCGCCGAUCACGUCUUUUUUGCUAAUCAGGUCAUCACUAAUGCAUGUGCAACUCAAGCUAUCUUGUCUAUUCUGUUAAACAGAGAUGAUAUCGAUAUUGGUCAAGAAUUGAAGAACUUUAAAGAAUUCACGCAGGACUUCCCGCCUGAUAUGAAAGGAUUGGCAAUAUCUAACAGUGACCUUAUACGAUCCGUACACAACAGCUUUGCUCGUUCAGAUCCGUUUGUUAAUGAAAUUGUUGAUCCUGAUGCUGGAAAAGAUCAAGAUGUGUAUCACUUUAUUGCCUAUUUGCCUAAACAUGGAGCACUUUACGAAUUGGACGGAUUGAGCAGUGGGCCCGUGAACUUAGGUGCCUGUGACGAAAAUGAUUGGGUACGUAAGGCGAAUGAAGCAAUCAUGAAGCGAAUGGAGCAAUAUGGAGCAUCAGAGUUGCACUUUAGCUUGAUGGCACUGACAAAAGAUCGUAUUGAGCUGUACGAGGAGCAGAUUGAAGAACUGGAUGGUUUAAUUCUAUCUCUAUCAGAAGAUGCAGUGGAAGAACGAAACAGGUUGAACAGUGAACGUAGUGUGCUGACUCAUAAGCUACAGAUUGAGAAAGAAAAGAGACAAAGAUGGCAUAGAGAAAAUGCGCUACGAAAGCACAACUUUAUUCCAUUGAUAUACAAUUUAUUGAGACAUCUUGCUGAAAAAGACCAAUUGCAAUCACUGGUGACAAAAGCAAAAGAAAAAGCCGCUACAUCAGCAGCCUCAAAAAAGCAAUAA